AUGUUCUCCUGGGGCGCAGUAACAAUGGGCCUUGGAGGUGCCCGAAAUUUCGCUCAAGUCACUGGCAUCCGGUUCCUGCUCGGAGUCCUCGAGGCGGGUCUCUUCCCCGGCUUGGUGUACUACCUGACCUUUUGGUAUCGAGUGCGGGAGCGGUCACUCCGAGUCGCACUGAUCCUCGCAUCUGCUACAUUGGCCGGGGCCUUUGGCGGCGCCAUCGCCUACGGGGUGGGAUUUCUCAACCAGUCACACGGUCUAGCCGCCUGGCGCUGGCUGUUUAUUAUUGAAGGCGCGCCCUCGUGUGCAUCUGGAAUCUUGGUCUGGUUCCUGCUGCCUGAUUACCCGCACACGGCGGGCUGGCUGACCGACGAGGAGCGGGAGCUUGCGCGGCAACGGCUCCAGCAUGAAGGGUCCAAAGGUGAUGCGAAGGCUAUGUCUUGGGCUGAUGCCAAGACGGUUCUGACUGACUGGCGGCUGUACGCGCACUAUGCUGUAUAUUUUGGUAUCUCGACACCUUUCUCCAGCUUGUCCCUCUUCACGCCCUCCAUCACGGCUGGAUUGGGCUAUGAAAACCUCCAGGCCCAGCUGAUGACAGUGCCGCCCUACGCUGUUGCGUAUGUGGUGACCGUGGCAGUGUCCUGGUCGGCAGACUACUUCAAUGCGUAG